GGUUAUUUGCAUUGCGGCCACAGGUAAGAGGCGCGCGCGUCACGUGGUCCGGAGCUAACCAAUCACGAGUGGCGCUUCAGGUUCUUCCAGGUACUGAUGAAACAACAAGCUCAGGUCUGCGCAGCCACUUGACAAACUAAAUGGCGAUAAAGUAACAUUUUUGACUGUUGUUGGGAGCGACGUUCGCAAAGAAAGCCUCGGAGGAGGCCUACCGUCCGGCCUGAGGGAGGAGGACGGGGAAAGUUUGGCUCAUGGCUCUGCUUUUAGCUGCUUUAUUAAUAGUCUGCGGGAUAUCGAACAAGGCCAUCGUCAUCGGUCAGACCUGUGUGGAUGAGAGCAGGUUUAAGGAGCAUGUGGCUUAUUUAGGGCCUUCAUAUGUACUGCAGUGUCCUCUGCAGACACUUCAGCCUCAAAGUCUCCCCCGUUCCCUAUGGACCUGGCAGAAGGACUGUCAGCCGCUCCAGAAUCAGGAAGGGAAUGCCUUCCUGAAGUUCUCCAGCAUCUGUUUAGAGGACCAAGGAAACUACACUUGCGCUCAGCAAGGAAACAGUACCCCGUCAUUCACUGUGCGCCUCGUAGUAAAGGAGUCUCGGUGUGUUAAAGCUCCAGAUUUUAAACCAAACGGCGACCCAACCAAACUCUGGAGGAGUGUGGGCUCUGUUGUGACACUGAACUGCACUGCUCUGCUCUACUGGGACCCAUCAGAGGAGCAGUGUGAAACCACACUACACUGGAGCAAAGAUGGCCAGCCACUCACCAACCACACUCUCUACCUGCACAACACAACAUCAUGGUCCCCUGAUGCAGGCCAGCUGGUUGUCAGCAAUCUCUUGGAGUUCACCCUGAGAGAGGCAGAGGAUUUUGGGCUUUACAGCUGCACUGUGAGGAACAUUUCUGCUGACUUCAGCCUGCAAAAUUCAAACAAUCCCAGCCACACAGCUGCAGUGAUCGCAGCCAUCAUCCUCCUCCUCCUGCUGGGAAUAGCAGCUGUGGUUUACUCCAGGUGCCACCUGAAUUUCAAGCUCUGGUACAAGAACUCCUAUGGAGAUUAUGAACUGAAUGAUGGAAAAUUAUAUGACGCCUAUAUCUCUUAUGUCAACAAUGAUUAUGACAGGAAGUUCAUCAACUUUAUCCUCAAACCUCAUCUGGAGAAUAAAAAUGGGUACAAGGUGCACCUCAGUGACAACGAUAUCCUGCCUAACACUGAGCCUUCAGCAGAGUUCCUAAUGAACAUAAGCCGCUCGCGCCGCCUCAUAGUGCUUCUCUCUAACGCUUAUCUUGAGCAGGACUGGUGCACAAAUAAUAUCAGACAGGGCCUCCUGCACUUGCUGGAGUUAUGUCAGCAGCCCAUCCUGAUCACGUUGGACGGUCAGUUCAAACGCAUGAGUCCUGAGAUGAAGCAGCUGCUCAGUGAGAACGAGCACCGCCUCACCUUGCUCACCUGGAGGCACAACUCUGUGACUCCUUCGUCAGCAUUCUGGAAGGAGCUAGCAUUAGCAAUGCCUCGCAGAGUCAUUUUCCACAAGGAUUCUGCAGGCGACCCCCAGACUGUACUGCAGGAUGAUAAGGACCCCAUGCUGACCCUUGACCCCGACUACUUGGACUGCCGCUUGGACACCGACCCUGCUGGAGAUUUGGGACUUCGUCUCCCGAUGCACAGGGCUCUGGCCUGUAAAGCUCCUGUCCUUCCUGCUGCUCCGGUCGAGGAAGCUCAAGCAAAAGCCUCUGAUAUCGACGUCUCUGACCUGGGAUCUCGCAGCUAUGAAGCACGUUCCGACUUCUACUGCCUGGUCACUGAGGACAUUUAAUUCCUGCUUGGAUGUAAAAUUCAUUACUAUGUAUUUCGGCUUCUUGCAGCCGUUUUUUUUUUCUUUUGCUAUAUAUUAAUCAAAAUGCCAAUUUAUGUUAAUUAUCACAGAUUGAGCUUUUCAUGUUCUUCAGUUUUGUGACAUUGCAAAGAUCAGAAACACUAAAAGAAAAUUUUGGUUGAUUUUUGUAAAUAUUUAUUUUCUUUUAUUGCCUAAAGAAGAAAGUAAAGAGACAAAGACUUUGUUA